AUGAAGGAUGUGAAGGAGGCCCAGAUUGGCGACACCCUUUACCACCACGAGCAGCCAGUCGAAGCUCUCCCAGGGUUCACGCCUGCCAAACCCAUGGUUUUUGCCGGCAUGUACCCGAUGGACCAGUCAGAGUACCCCGCCCUGCGCAGCGCCAUUGAGAGGCUGACCCUGAAUGACUCAAGCGUCACGGUACAGCGAGACAGCAGUCUGGCCCUGGGAGCCGGCUGGAGUUUCUUUGCAGGGGAAUACACAGUGAUGACAGCUCAUUUCCACCUAAAGAGGAAGAUUGGCUACUUUGUCAUUCAAACGUAUCUCCCAUGCAUUAUGACAGUCAUCCUUUCCCAGGUGUCUUUCUGGCUAAAUAGAGAAUCGGUGCCUGCCAGGACUGUGUUUGGCGUGACCACCGUUCUCACCAUGACCACCCUGAGCAUCAGCGCCAGGAACUCCCUGCCCAAGGUUGCCUACGCCACCGCCAUGGACUGGUUCAUCGCCGUCUGCUACGCCUUCGUGUUCUCCGCCCUGAUUGAGUUUGCCACCGUCAAUUACUUCACAAAGCGCGGCUGGGCCUGGGAUGGAAAGAGUGUUGUGAGUGAGAAGAAGAAAGAGAGGGCAUCUGUGAUGAAGAAGAACAAUGCCUACGCCGUAGCAGUGGCCAACUACGCGCCCAACGUGGGCAAGGAUUCCGGCACGCUUCCGACCAUUGCCAAAGGGGGCGCCGUGGAUCCCAGCAAGGCCAGAGCAGACGGGAAAACCCCGGACGCCAAGAAGACGUUCAACAGCGUCAGCAAGAUCGACAGGUUGUCACGGAUUAUGUUUCCGGUUCUCUUUGGGACGUUCAACCUCGUCUACUGGGCCACCUACUUAAACAGAGAACCGGUUAUAAAGGAUAUGGUCCCGUCCAAUUAGAACCCUGCUUUAGACGGGUUCUGGUCUGGGGAAGAGAUGAACCAAAUACCUCCAGCAACUGUGACCACACACUUUUGCAGUCCCGGAUUGCAGUGUGAGCCUCUUUCUCCGCCCGUUUUCUACACCGUCUGCAGCACUUUUGAAAAGCCCGGCUUUUUGUAAAUGUGUAUGUAUAUUUAUAUAUUUAAGGUUUCAUUGUGAUAAAUUGUGCGGUUACUUUGACUCAAGUGCAUAUUUCCUUCAAAGUUUGUUUCCGGAAACUUCACGUGGCCACUGUACAUACAACCCUAAUGGAAGAAAAAAAAAAAAAA